AUGUACCCCUACUGCGCGGCACCGUAUCGAGCAUCAGCCCUACUGCGCGGCACCGUAUCAAGCAUCAGCCCUACUGCGCGGCACCGUAUCAAGCAUCAGCCCUACUGCGCGGCACCGUAUCAAGCAUCAGCCCUACUGCGCGGCACCGUAUCAAGCAUCAGCCCUACUGCGCGGCACCGUAUCAAGCAUCAGCCCUACUGCGCGGCACCGUAUCAAGCAUCAGCCCUACUGCGCGGCACCGUAUCAAGCAUCAGCCCUACUGCGCGGCACCGUAUCAAGCAUCAGCCCUACUGCGCGGCACCGUAUCGAGCAUCAGCCCUACUGCGCGGCACCGUAUCGAGCAUCAGCCCUACUGCGCGGCACCGUAUCGAGCAUCAGCCCUACUGCGCGGCACCGUAUCAAGCAUCAGCCCUACUGCGCGGCACCGUAUCAAGCAUCAGCCCUACUGCGCGGCACCGUAUCGAGCAUCAGCCCUACUGCGCGGCACCGUAUCAAGCAUCAGCCCUACUGCGCGGCACCGUAUCAAGCAUCAGCCCUACUGCGCGGCACCGUAUCAAGCAUCAGCCCUACUGCGCGGCACCGUAUCAAGCAUCAGCCCUACUGCGCGGCACCGUAUCAAGCAUCAGCCCUACUGCGCGGCACCGUAUCAAGCAUCAGCCCUACUGCGCGGCACCGUAUCAAGCAUCAGCCCUACUGCGCGGCACCGUAUCAAGCAUCAGCCCUACUGCGCGGCACCGUAUCAAGCAUCAGCCCUACUGCGCGGCACCGUAUCAAGCAUCAGCCCUACUGCGCGGCACCGUAUCAAGCAUCAGCCCUACUGCGCGGCACCGUAUCGAGCAUCAGCCCUACUGCGCGGCACCGUAUCAAGCAUCAGCCCUACUGGGCUCCAUCUAUGAUGGUGUCAUGGCUCUGUAA